CCAACUACGCGCUCAACCAGCUGUCGCGGCUGCCUCUCUGCUGUGCAUAGCUAUAUUUGUGUGUCUCUGCUUGAUCCCUGAGUUCCUGCAUAGCGUCCAUGUCUUGUGAUAUCCCUCAGCGACGCGAAUAAGCGCACGUCGGCGUCGAAGAUACCUAGCAUAGGAGAGAAUCAAUGUCGAAUCCGCCGCUGCACCACCAGCAGUCAUGGCACCAGCUGCCUGACAUCGGGAGCCUGUCGCCAGACUCGUACACGGCGCAGAAAUUGAAACAUGCAACUCCCGAACACGUCCACCUCACAUCGAGGCGCUUCUUCAUAGGCCCCAUCCCCACAGGCUGGCUCAGCAAAAACCGCAGAGACUGGUACAAGCACCACCUGCGCAUCAACUACUCGAAUCGCGCCGCGACCUUUUCUGCGAAUCCCCGCGAGGCGCGCCAACGACGACUGAGCGGCCAGGAAGGCCCGAGCGCCUCUGCUCUCUUCCAGCACAGCUUUCCGCAGCCGGACGAGGUCCGUGUCCAGGAGGAGGAAGGCGCGCAAGAGGCAGAGGGCAGUGGCGCGAAUGGCACGCCAGCUACGACCUCGGCGACACCCGCUGCCUUGCCAAUUCCCCGAGGGUCGGAGCAGAAGGAUGAUGUGAUGUCUGGGAAUGAGGAGGAUGAGUUUGUGGAUGCGCCCUCGGAGCCUGAGGAUGAUGAGGAGGAGGCUGCGUUCAAUCCACGGGCAAGGCAGACACCGCGUCGGUCGAGCACAAAGUCUUUCGUUACCGCUUCCUCGGUCCCUAACCCUACAAUCGAUGACGAGGAUGACGUGGAAGAGGCUGAAGACCAUGGCGUUGAAGAGACACAAGACGAUAUCACGCGCGAGGAAGAGGUGGAAGAAGCACAGGCAAGUGGCUUACACGUUCCUACCAGCGAAGAGGGGGACGGACACAAGUCCUCGGACAACCGACUGCUCUCUCCCGCGCAAAGCCAUGCACCGCCAUCCACGCUUGGACCGGCCUCAAUCGAUGCAGGAUCAACUUCGUCUUUGAUACGCAAGGCUGACGUGAAAAAGGAACCGCUAGUCGCUAACGUCGAUCCUAAGUCUCCCUCCAGGGGCAUCAUGGCGAGAGUCAGGAGGAUGUCAGAGAUGAAUUCGUCCGAGGGCGGUCCCUCUAAUACCACAGACCUUCCAGGAGAGAAUAUAACACGCAAGAAAUCCAACCUUCGCAACCUCGUCAAGUUCGAUAUCCCGGAAGACUCGAAGCGCGCAAAGGUGCAUCUCCAGGCGAAACGUGCGCAAAUGACUGUUCAGAGAACGCCUUCGAAGCUUAGACGGCGGAAGAUCAAAGACGGCAUUGUCGUGAAGAUGGAGCGCAUGCUUGUGCGAGUCGAUGCUGCUACUGGAGCAGUGCCAGAGGACUUUGAUGAGAAUGUCAAUCAGAGAGUUGUCUCCAGAGUCAAGGACAAGUGGCGGGAGUACAUGAUCGUCUGUCGACACAGUCACACGGGUGAAGCAGAUUUUGUGCUCCAGCUGUAUAAGACACGCGUCAUCCCAGAAAUCGAAAAGACAGGCGCUGGCAAAAAGGCCGCGUACGAGAUACCCCUCGGACGCAAGACCAGCAGUACCAACCUGUACUCAGCAUUGGAUAAGUCGAUUGUCGUAUCGACACCUGGUUCACGAGGCAAUCUGAUCUUCAUAAUGCAGGCUCGAACUGCUUCCAACGCUGUGGAAUGGUACACGUUUCUCCGCAAUAUCAUGGGCUGGCGUCGAGGUUCUGAGCUCCAGAUUAACAUUCCAGACCUGAGUCUAAGCGUGCGGAUCGCCAACCCCUUCGCCAAGAUUGAGGCGUCACACGCCGAAGUUCAGGAUGCUGAGAAUACCGAGGAAGCCAUGUUGAAGACCAUGCAAGAAGAGGAAGCCGUGGCCGAAGCGCUCAUCAGACGAUGUCUAGAUCAAUUACACGAGACUCCUGAAUGGGAAGCCGUGCUCGAGUCUUGGAUUAAAGACAAUCGAAUUGGGCUCGCGUGGAAACGCUACGAUCGAUUGGAGUGGAUUCACGGAGCCAACGAGCGUAGGAUGUAUGGCACGAUUGCCAUGCUGAAAACACAUGACCUGGAGCUUCGACCCAAGAUCCACUAUCCUACGACUGCGGUAACGCGUAAGAAGCACAAGACUCUGACAGAGCCGGUCCCCGUGGAAGGGUUUCUCAUCAGAUUGACCGGACAGCGCGGUCGGGCGAAACGGUUGGGACUCAUGUAUCACAAGCAAUUGUACUUUGCGAGCCACGACCAGUACUUCAUAUUCUCGCGUCCGACAAAAGCCACACCUCCUCCCCCGCCAACACUACCGGCUUCUCCUGAUUCAGCGGUUCCUACAGCGCAAGCCAUCUCUGACAACAUACCCGAAAGCUGGACGGUCAACCCGUAUCCUUUGAAGGACAACCAUGUUGAAUGGUUGAUGCCGGGUCAUACGGGCACACCCGAAACAAGGAGACUGCACGAUGCGGAUGCGGCUGAUGAGGCAGUGCGCAAGGAACAGAAUCUGCUCAAUUGCGAUGGGUAUAUCAAUUUGGCUGAUGUGGUCAAGGUUCGCAAAGCCCAGAUAGGUGCCAGUCCUGUAGAUGAGGAUCUCGAGACGGGGUCAGAUGUCGAUUUCGAUGAGGAGGUAGACAACUCCCGCACUGACGACGGUGCGACGAGGGAUGUCGAUCUGGGUCGAGCCUUCGAACUGGUAAUGAAGAAUGGCUUGGUUAUACGUUUACAGGCCGCCGACAAAGCCCGCCGAAAAGAAUGGAUCCAGCACCUCCGCGCCCUAACAAAGUACUGGAAACACCGAACCGCCGCCGACAUCACCCUCUACAAAUCCACACGCAGCCGCAACCUCAGCGCGCUCAACAUCGACGAAGAAGCCGAAGCCCACGUCGGCCAAUCAGCCCGAAAAUGGGAAGUCACCCAAUCCUUCGCCUCACCCCAGCUCUACAACAUGUGCGGCAUCGCCUGCUGCCGCAGCAUCCACAUGAGCGGCAUGCUCUACCGCAAGCCACGCAUCCACGCCCCCUUCACCCGCUGCAGCGUCCUCCUCACAGCCGGCACCCUCGUCAUGUUCCGCGACGUACUGCGCUCCAAAACAGGAAAACAACUCGCUCACAUCCACCACGAGCGCAUCGCCAACCUCGACCUGCGCGACUGCUACAUCUACUCCGGCCUCCUCACGGAAUCAGACCUCCUCUACCAAAACCAAACUUUCGACGCGAAUAAACCGGGCCAUAACGCCCUGCCUCGCAUAUACCUCGAAGACGGCUGGACUAGCACGGACGAAGACGUCAUGACUACGUUUGUCAUCUGGCAUGGGAAAGCGAAGAGUUGGUUCCGCGCUGAGGAGGGGGCUGGGGCGGGUGAGCAGCAGCGGAAAGAGGGUAAGACGACGAGGCUUAAGCGCGUUGCUAAGUUGGGGAGUAAGGGGAGGAGUGUGGUGUUUCGAGCGCGGAGUAGGGCGGAGAGGGAUCAUUGGGUGUUGGCUGUUCAAAAUGAAAUUGAGCGUGUUAGGGGGGAUGGGGCGGAUUUUCGGAUUGAGGAGAGUGGGGAGGCGAGGGGGAUCGAGGAGUUGUAG